AUGUCGAAGAACCCCGUUCACAAGCAAUCGUACUCGUUCGGCGGCGAAUCCGCCUCCUGUGACACGGCAAUCAAACUCAAAAGUCACUUAAAUAGCCUCUUUGAGCUUAUCGACAAGGAGAUUGACGUGUUAAUCAACGAAAAUGCCAAUCUGAAAGAUCGCGUGGAGACGUUGGAGGAGAUACUGAUCAGCUCAGGCCAUGCAGGCAUUCAGUCUUCGGAAGCGGCCGGUGGCAGCAGUGGUGGCGGCGGCAAGAGUCACAGCGCCAGUGGCAUCUCCAACCUCCAGCAGCACCAGAAUAAGUUCUCCGUGGUCAGCUCGGUGAAGCGCGACUCGAUGGUAGCAGCCUCGCAAGCGCUCUCGCAGAAGAUCAAGUCCACCUACAAGCUGAAGACCAGCAGCAAGAUCUUCAAGGGGCAGAGCAACUCGAGCAGCCACCUGGUGGGCAGCUACGAGUGGCACAAGGACGGCAUCUGGUACAUUACCUCUAGUCAGAAGAAUGGUCGCAGCUACAUUGCCACCGCCUCCGCAGACGGCACUGCCCACAUUUGUGAUGUCAGCAAGCUGGACUUUAACGCCAACCUCAGUCCGAUGCUCACCUACACUGGUCACCAGUCAUCGGUGAACUGCGUCAAGUUUCACCACAACAAUGACCUGAUGUUGACUGCCUCGGGCGACGGUACGGCGCAGAUUUGGCGCUUCAAUCCUGAACAGCGCGACUUUGACACCUUUGGCGGCGACCAGGGCGGGCCGGACGAGGUGGGCGUG